AUGUGGUUUUUUUAUGAUUUUAAUUUAUCAUUUUUAGAUUUCUGCUACUCGACUGUGGUUACUCCCAAACUACUAGAAAAUUUGGUGGUGGAAGACAGAACCAUCUCCUUCACAGGCUGCAUCAUGCAGUUCUUCUUUGCGUGCAUAUUUGUGGUGACAGAGACAUUCAUGUUGGCAGUGAUGGCCUAUGACCGAUUUGUGGCAGUCUGUAACCCUCUUCUCUACAGGGUUGCCAUGUCCCAGAAGCUGUGUUACUUGUUAGUUGGUGCAUCCUAUUCUUGGGGGCUAGUCUGUUCCUUGACUCUUACUUACUUUUUACUGAAAUUAUCAUUCCAAGGAAAUAAUAUCAUAAAUAACUUUAUUUGUGAGCAUGCUGCCAUUGUUGCUGUGUCACACUCAGACCCCUAUAUUAACCAGAAGAUCAUUUUAGUGUCUGCUACAUUUAAUGAAAUAAGCAGUCUAGUGAUCAUUCUUGCUUCCUAUGUUUUCAUUUUUAUCACAAUCAUGAAGAUGCCUUCAACUGGGGGUCGCCACAAAGCUUUCUCCACAUGUGCCUCUCAUCUGACCGCCAUUACCAUUUUCCAUGGGACCAUUCUUUUUCUCUAUUGUGUUCCAGUCACCAAAAGUUCAUGGCUCAUGGUUAAGGUUGCCUCUGUCUUCUAUACAGUGGUCAUCCCCAUGUUGAACCCACUGAUCUAUAGUCUCAGGAACAAAGAUGUGAAGGAGACAGUCAGGAAAUUAAUGAACACCAAAUUAUGUCACAUACUGUAA